AUGGCUGUAGUGGUGACAGAAUGUGGAGGAAGACAUCGUUUCUCAUACACAGGACAUCCAUCAGGAUCAGGACUAGAUCCAUGUGGAAUCUGUACUGACGCGCUGUCACACAUCCUGGUGUGUGAUGAUAAAACCAAAACAGUACAGAUGAUAGACAAGGACGGUCAGUUCCUGUCACAUCUACUGAUAAGACCAUCAGGGAUAUUCAGACCAUGGAGCCUGAGUUAUGAUAUCAACACUCACCGUCUCUGGGUCGGAUCACGGGACAACAACACGGGGGUUAUAUACAGUUAUAUCACCAGACAUGACGCUCUGACAGAUGAGCACACACCCCGUCCUGAUGGGGACGCCAUGUUCAGCUCAACAUCAGCCGUAAAAUGAAGAUAGCUUGGAUAUUGACAGAUGGGCCAAUUUUACCAGACCUUGAGGGGAGAAAAUAGAACAACCUUGAAAUGCUUACAGAAGAAAACAGAAAACAGACAUUGGCUACGUAGUCCACCUAAUGCAAUAUGGUGUCAUUAUCUUCAAGUACGGACUGUCCCGAGUCAUUCAAGUCACCUUGAGCUGAAAGCUCAUGUGAGCUAUUCUGAUCGCAUUUUGUCCGUCGUCUGUCUGUCCGUCCGUCCGUCUGUAAACUUUUUAGAUUUUGAACUUCAUCUCUAAAACCGCUCGACCAAUUUCAAUUUGGCACAGAGCAUCCUUAUGAUAAGCAAAUAUAAUUUGCAGAAAUGAAAGACCGAACUCUAUUCAAAGCGGAGAAACCUCGAAACUGUCGAAAAAGGGGUUGAUUUUUAAAAUUCUUCUAAAGAACUACUGAGUCGAAUUUAACGCAAUUUAAGACAAAUAAUCCUUAUGGAAAGGAAAAUAUAAAUUGCAAAAAUUAAGGGCCAAUCUUUUUCCGAAUUUGAGUUAUUACGAAAACAAGUAAUUGAAGGGGUGGGCUUCGAUCAGUUUAUAGCUUCGGGUUCGGUAUUCGAUAUCUCAAAAACCUCUAUGAAGCGGCCAUUUUGAACGUAUGAGAAAUGGGUCAAUCUGACAAAGAUGAAUUUAGUUGUUGUGGAACAGUUUGUGUGCGAAAGGAAUAUGAGAAAAAUUGCAAGAUACAUUAAUGCCGAUUUUGUGAAGUAAAUUGAGAUUAAAUAUUCCAAUGCGUUGACUUUUUCACCUUUGAUGGGUGUUUUAGCAUGUUUUGAUUUUCGUUUCGUUUUCAUGAAUUACGGUUUGUAACUAAGAAAACUAUCGCCUGUAUUUUUUAAUUUUUACGUAUCAAUCAAUUAUAGACAUCGGUAAAUAAGACAGCUGACUGUUUACUUGCAGAAAAUAAGAUACAUGAACAGGUACGCUACUUCAAGAACUAAAAUACAAAUGCUAUAGGUAAUACGGUAUGAUCUUGCGUAAUAGUUGAUAACUGCAAUGUGUUUAAGGUUAGUUGUCAGUAUUUUCUCUAGUCUAUUCAGUCUAAACGGAGAAUAAUUUUGCUGAUGGAAAUACUAAGUGUGUGUACAUGUAGCGGAGACAUAAAUAAUUGUUAGCUCACCUGAAGUGAAUUAUAGAGAGAAAUAUCUUUUAAAAUAUUCUUCUCAAAAAUCAAUUGGCCAGAAAAUCUGUAUCUUGUGUGGAAGCAUCCUCAAGUAGUGUAGAUUCAAGCUUGUCUAAACCAUUGAUAACCGGUGGGGCCCCAAUGGGGGAUCAAUUUUUUUUAAUACAAAUGUAUAGAGAAAAAUCAUUAAAAAUCU